AUGUCAGACGACAAGCUCGAUGUCAGUAGUGACGCUAAAGACGAAGUGAACGAAGUGAACGAGUUAGGCCCUUCAGCUACAAGUCUUGCGUCCGGCGACAGUCAAGGUAUCGAGACACUCCAGAAAUUACUAGCAGAAAAACAUGGCGUGCAGGAAAGACGCCUGCAGUGGAAAAUCGAUGUGUGCGUUGUGCCAGCGCUUAUCCUGCUGUAUUUCGCAGCGUUCCUGGACCGCAUCAACAUCUCAAACGCAAAACUGUACGGAAUAGAAGAUGAUUUGGGGCUUCAAGGAAACCAGUUCAACAUCGCGCUUACGGUUUUCUUCGUGCCGUACGUCUUUUUCGAGCUUAUUGCCAACUACCUUGCCAAGAUUUUUAAACCACAUUGGUGCUUUUCUGUGAGCAUGUUCAUGUUCGGCUGCGCUACGAUUGGCUGUGGGUUCGUUAAGAGUUUUGGCGGACUCGUCACAGCGCGAAUUUUUCUCGGUGUCGCUGAGUCGGCCACUUUCGGUCUCAUUUUCUACAUCUUAUCAUCCUAUUACACUCCACGCCAGGCUCAAAAGCGCUUUUCAUUUUUCUUCAGUUCCACUACUUUGGCUGGCGCUGCGGGUGGUUCCAUUGCAUAUCAAAUCUAUAACGGUAUUGGGAACAAGCAUCUUGCCAACUGGAGAUGGAUUUUUAUUAUCGAGGGUGCGGUAACCGUUUUCAUCGCAUUCCUUCUCUUCUUUAUCACCCCAGAUUUUCCCGAGACUGCCAAGUUUUUGAAGCCCAACGAGAGGUUGUACUUGAAGGAGAAACUUCAGUUGUACUCGAAAGUAGAGUCCGGUUUCGAAAUUGAAUUCACCUGGCGCGAUUACCUACCACUAUUCAAGGACCCCAUUUUUUAUGCUAAUGCCCUGGCGUACCUGGGCCUGGUAGUGCCCAGUUAUGGGUAUGCAUAUUUUGCCACUACCAUUAUAAAGCUUCUUGGCUAUUCAGCCGUAAGUGCUCAACAGCAUUCUGUUUACCCUUGGCUAGCCGCAUUUGGAUACAUUAAUGUUGUCGCAUUUUUGUCUGAUUAUUUACAGAAUCGCUGGUGCUUUGUUUUGUCCUCAAGUUUGAUAGCUGUUACGGGUCUGUCAAUGAUUUUGGGAUCAAAUGAUCCUAACGUUAGGUAUGGUGGGUGUUUCGUCACUUCCAUUGGGCUAUACAGUGCCAUGCCAGGGCUGAUAUGUUCGACAUCUCUGAAUUUGGGCGGCCAUCUGAGGAAGUCAUUUGGUACCGGUUUUCAAAUUGGAUUCGGCAACAUUGGCGGCAUUAUUGCCACAUUUUUGUUUCUUCAGAAAGAUGCUCCUCAUUACCGCCAUGGGCUCGGCACUUCUAUCGGAUUUGUGGCGCUUUCCAUUGCUUGCCAAUUGUUUAUCGUGCUCUAUCUGAAACGUUUGAAUAUCAAAAAGACCAAAACUGAGUACAUUAGCAAAUUUGAGGAUCUGUCGCACCGCGAGCGCAUUCUCAAAGGUGACCGAGCUCCUGAUUUCAGAUAUUUGUUGUAA